AUGACGACAAAAAUAAGUAUGGAAAGUUUCUUCGAGAAAAUUAGGAACAAAUACAACAUUCAUACUAGCAGCUUACUGAAGAAAUAUAGCAGAGAGAUGGAGAGAUUGGCUAAAUUGAUGGAGAGAACAACAUUUUUACAAGAAUGCAGACACAUGGGAAUCAUACCAACACAUGUAAGAAACAGUACAAGAACAUUAAAACAAUUAGUUACAACAAAAACAUCACGGAUAGACAUAGAGAAAAUAGAGACAAACUUACACGCAAAGUUAUUGAACAUAGAGAUAAAAGAUACACAUACAAACACAACAUAUACAAGAUCAGAGAUCAGAAAGAUUGAAAAGGAGAUGAAAAAUACACUUGACAAAAUGGAACUUACGAAAUUCAAGAACCAACAGUGGGAUAAAUUUUACAAUAUCAGAUCGAGGAUAAAACUUACACAUUCAAUGAAGAUGACGAAAUUGAAACACGAGAAGUUUGAGAAACUGAACCUCGUAUACAAUGACGACUGGUUUAUUAACCACACGAGUAUAGAGUUUGAAAUGGAACAUAAAUGGUUAUUAUCACUGGGGAACAAGUUUGCAAUACCAGUAGAUAGAAAGAAUUUCACACCUAUACCGCUUAUAGCUGACAUGGAACAAUGGGUUCAGGGUAUAAAAGAUGAUACAGAAAAGGACAUAACGCGAUCGAAAAUAGCGAACAGAAUUGCAUACUUCAAAAGGAAUCUUAGGAAUACGGGGAAAGAUAAAUUUAUACUGAGUAUAUACGAGGUCACCAGGAACUUCAUUAAGAAACACGAGAAGGACAUAAUUAUAACUACGGCAGACAAGGGGAAUAAAACUGUGAUAUUAUAUAGGAGAGAUUAUAUGGAGAAAAUGUACCAAUUAUUAGAUGACAAGAGCACAUACAGGAAAAUUGAAAUUGACCCAACAACUAGUCUUCAGAAAAGGAACAAUAACUUAAUUACACAAUUGGGAAAAGAUGGGUACAUUACCAGAUACGAGAAAUUCAACAUGACGACACAAGCGGCAGCAGCACCUGAGUUAUAUGGACUGCCAAAGAUACACAAAGACGGAAUACCACUUCGACCGAUAUCUGCAUCCAUGAAGGUACCGUGUUACAGUCUUUCGAAGUAUAUUGGAACAAUUUUGAGGAAUAUUGUGUCGCCCAAAUACAAUAUACAAAAUUCAGUAGAAUUAAAACGAAAACUGGAAAGCGUCUCAUUGGAAAAUGACGAUAUUAUGGUCUCUUUCGACGUGGUAUCAUUAUUCACUAAUAUACCGAUUCACUUGGCUAUAAGGAAUAUACUUGACAAAUGGAAAACACUUAAGGAACACACGGCAAUACCAAGGCAAACAUUUUUGAAAAUUCUUCAGUUUUGUUUAACUGAUAAUAACUAUCUCACUUUUGACAAUAAAUUUUACCAUCAAACAUAUGGUAUGCCAAUGGGAAACCCCCUAUCGCCAACAAUUGCAAAUAUUGUACUUGACACACUACUGGACGAUGUAAUUGACGAAUUAAGGGCUAAUAAUAUAGAGAUUAAGUUUAUCACUAAGUAUGUGGAUGACUUGUUUGCGAUUAUAAGGAAAUCGGACGAAGAGAAGAUAUUAAAAACAAUGAACGUUUAUCACAAUAAGAUACAAUUUACAAUAGAACGCGAGAAGAAUAUGUCAAUACCGUAUCUGGACAUCAAUAUCAUCAAGGAUAAUGGAAGAAUAAGGACAAAUUGGUACACGAAACCCACAUCUUCAGGUAGAAUGGUUAACUUCAACUCUACACAACCAUUGAAAAUGAAGAUAAGUACAGCGACGAAUUUAAUAAGGAAAGUAUUACAGAUAAGUGAUGUUGAAUACAGGAAAACCAAUAUUAAUAGAAUAAGAAAAAUACUUACAAAGAAUAGUUACCCAACAUAUAUGACGAACAAUUUAAUCAACAAAGUACUAAAAUAUGAAAAACAGCAGAAAAAUCCAAACACUGAGGAGGAAAAAGUUUUUUACAGUGUACCAUUUAUUCCCAAACUAACGGAGACAAAAACAAUGAAGAGAAUGAUCACAGAGAAAACAACAACAAUAGCUUACAAAUCAAAUAUGACACUGAGGCAUCUAUUUACAAACAACAAAACAAAAAUUGACAAACUUAAGAGUGAUAAUGUGGUCUAUGAGAUAAAAUGUGACGGUAAUGAAAGGGAGAGAUGUAACUUGGUUUACAUUGGUACGACAAAGAGAAUGUUGGGGACGAGAGUUAAUGAACACAAAACAGAUAUUGAAAAAGGAAAAAUAACGACGGCAUUAUCUCUGCACGUAAAGGAGUGCAAUCAUAAGAUGGAUUUUGACAAUAUUAAGAUAUUGGACAGAGAACAAAAAGAGAACAAACGAUACACUCUUGAAAGCUUAAGAAUACAACAAAAAAUACACAAUACAAUGAACACGAAAGAGGACAAGGAUAACACAAAACUGCAAUAUUCCGCUGCAAUAUUUAAUUAUUAA